AUGACGAUAUCAAAUAAUUCCUCAACUAGCCCCGACGACCAAACGCCGGUGCGGCCAAUCGAGGGAUGGCUCACCACACUUAUCUUGUUCGGUAUUAUGUUUGUCCUUUUUAUUAUGCCUGCCAUAUACAAAAUCGCCAGAAGCAACCAGCUCGCGAGCCCAGAGGAUCCCGAGGGCGCACAGUCGUCAAGCAGCAUAAACGCCGAGACUAGCGAUCUGCAGCGGCUGGACUCCAUAGCUCCGCAGAGGACGUAUAAGCAAAUGAAAAUGGAGAUAAAACUUCAACAAGGCACAGGAGGGCAUUUGGCCUGGCCAGACUCGUUAGUCACCUGGUAG